UAGCUCAGCGGCCAUUUUUCAAAGGACAUUCUUCAGCUUUUUGGGCUCUUCUGACAAAUUUUCAAUCACAUUCUUGUCUGUUUUGCCUCCAGAUGGGUGCUCCUGAAUCUACAGAGAUGAUUCCAGGCCAUACUGGCACAAUCCCACCAUUUCUUGGCGCAAACAUACCCCUCUUUUGGAAAGAAUCUGUGGGGGGUGAUUUUUAAGCGCCUCCGGAUGGCGGAGAAUUUUCCUUGAAUUGGGGCAUUGCACCCUAGCCCUCGGGCUGGUGGAUCCCCCUACGUCACCGCUAAAUUGGCGGUUCCCGGAAGCAAUAGGCAAUUCUGUCAUUGAGGAUAAAACGGUGUUUUAUUCCUCCAUGAUUCGAGAAAUCAGGCUGACUCAUGCCGCGACGUUGUGUGAAUUUUGAAAUCCGUGUUCAGUUCAGUUACCCUCAACUUGCUGUAGGCCUACGAGUUGUCAUGAAGGACAUGAAGGAAGGAAAAUUCCAUACAUGUAUCAGCAAUGUACAGGUACAUGUAGUAUACUACUGAGUACUAAGUCAUCAUGGUCAUGUUGGUACGUACUAGCGUACAGCCUCGUUAACUUAAAAAGUGAACAUAGUGAACAGAAAAUAGCCCAGGCUACUUAUCAACUGUUUUCCAGUUUCGGGAUUCUUUUGUAACUGAGGGUUUGUGCUAGUGUAGCGGCAGAUCCAGAAAUACCAGGAUGAUUACAGAGUUUGAGGAGCACUCUCAAGGAGCAGCCAAAGUCCAGUUCACGGUGUCCAGGACCUCCCUGCCCAAUCUACUAGAGUGGACAGAGCGUCUUCAGUCCCGGUUCCGUGUGACCAUCCAGAUGCAGUGGGAGCUAGACCAGGAGGCCGCACGGCUUGACGAGGCUGCGCAUGUGCGAUGGGUGGCGCUCAGGGGAGAGGCGGCAGAUUGUCAGAAAGCAAAAGAAUACAUUACCAUAUUUUGUGACGCCCCACACAAAAUGAAUGUUACUUAUCCAGAAGGUAUUCAUACUGAUUUGAAAGAUUCACAAAUGGAAAUGGAGGAGAGCUACUCUUGUGUCUUACACUUCCUGAAAGUGGGCCAACUCCUCAUCAGGAGCAAUGACGAGAUGAACUUGUCUCUGGUUCUCUCUGUCAUUGAAGAGAAAGCUGCUCAAUAUGAGAGACAUAAGGACAGUUCAAACCAAUGCAUCACUGAGUUCAGAACUAAGUAUCAAGGGAGAAACUGCCAGGAACCUGAUUUAUCCGACAAUGAUCUGGAGGAAGACAGUAUGCUAGUAGAAGAUCACAGUCCAAAUGAUACACCUCCAGCACAGAUGAUGCGAAGUAGGUCUCCAGGUUGUCUUCAAACUCCAGCCAAGCAUCUCUUAGGAGGUGACCCCUUGAAGUUGAAAAGUAAAGACAGUGCCGUCAUUCCUGGACAACUGAGUAAGUUGUUCAGCCCGGUUGCAGAACACUCUUCAAUUUCUCCUGACCGGAAGAAAAUCAAGUCGCAGCCACACCCAGACCAAGCCAGCAGUUCCCCAACUCCCUCACCUAACUUCUACAGAAAGUAUGCCCACGGCAGCGCCAGGUUGGGAACGUUGAAUUUGAGCUCCUCGCAGCAGCUGGCUAUCCAGAGAGUAAGAGAUAGGGGCAAUUUCACUCAGUCCGAGAUUGACAGGGUGCUGGAAAAAGUCGGCAGCAAUUGGGAGUGUGCAGAUCUGAUCACACUCUUGCGCAGAGAGAGGACCCAGCAAAACAUCCCAGAAUCUGCAUCCCACCCACCAACAAAGCUAGACAAGUUGAAAAACACACAGGCAUCACUGAUGCAGUGUUUGCAGGAGCAAAGCUUUACCGAGCCAGUCCACCAAGAGCUUUUCUCAGAAUCCAGGCAAAAGCGAUACUUCAUGCCUCCAGUUCACUCACCAACCUCUUCUGCAUUCUCAGAUGAGGUACUAUAUAUGGGAAUUAAAAAACCACCCAGAGAUGAAUUCUUGCAGAAGAAAGAAUUAUCACCAUUUCCUGACAAACACAACAAGGAAGAAGAGAAGGACCUCGUCAUGGAUGGCAAAGACAAUGUUAAAGAUGAGACAGACAGCAUACUUGUCAUCAGCGAAAGUGACAAUGAGAUUGUCAUUACCAAUUCCUCAGAGGAAUCUGAUACACUGGAAGAGUUCUACAUCAAAGGAGUCCUCCAAGAGAGGCCCAAGAAGGAAAGCUCAUCACUGGCACAGCAUGGCACACAGCUCAAGAAAUUCAAUCGACCUAACCUGCCGGCUGUCGAGAGGCAAAAAAGCGAGGAGCAGCUUGGGGUCAUCGAGAGCCUCAAGAAGCAAAUCGCUGACCUGCAGGACAAGCUGGAGCAGGACCGGGCCGAGGCCAGCAGCCAGCAGCAGGUGGCCAUCCUGCUGCAGCAGACGCAGCGGGAAGAGAUGGAGCGGCAGUACCUGCUCCAGCAGCAGCAGCUGCUAGAGCAGCAGCAACAGCUGCAGAAGCAGUUUGAACUGCAGGAGCAGGCACUGAAGGCACAGCAGGAGGUUGCCUUGAAGCAGCUUCAGCAGCAGCAGCAAGAGAAACAGGAGCAGGCCAUGGGGACAGCGGAUCUCCCCAGGGAAGCAAUCAUCAUUAAACCUGCCAGUAGGAAUCCUGCUAGCCCCUUAAGACCCGUUGUCAUUGACGGCAGCAAUGUAGCCAUGAGCCACGGAAGGCAACAGGUUUACUCAUGUCGCGGGAUUGCCCUCUGCGUGGCCUACUUCCAGAGGCGAGGCCACCAAGACAUCACAGUCUUCGUCCCCCAGGGGAGACGGAUGCAGAAACCCAAUGCCCCGGACAGACCUAUGAAGGACCAGCCGAUCCUGGAGCAGCUGGAGAGUCAGGGCUUGUUGUCCUUCACACCCUCACGGAGGAUCGGUCACAAUUAUGUCAAUUGUUAUGACGACAGGUUUAUUGUCGAGCUUGCUGUACAGAACGAUGGAGUCAUAGUGUCCAAUGACAAUUUCAGGGAUUUGAUGGGGGAGUCACCCCAGUGGAGAUUUGUCAUUGAAAACAGGUUGGUCAUGUACACCUUUGCUGGUGACCAUUUUAUGAUUCUGAAUGACCCGCUUGGCAGAAAAGGACCCCGUAUUGAUCAAAUCCUAUGUAAAUCCCAACCACCCGGAAAUGCAGCUGGUGCCACGAGCCAACAAAGAUUAAAGACAUUACAAGAUCCUAAGGGCUUGUCAACAGCACAGCCUGCCACAAAGGUGGGUAUGCAGACUCUACAAGGCAAGACAGUGCUUACACUACCUGCCACAGGAGUUGUCCCACAGUGGGGAACCAGUGCAAAGACUGGUGCCCAGAUUGUCGGAGCAGGCACAGCCAAAGGAACUCAGCGGCCCCAGACUGCUCCUGCGCCGGCUCCCAAGGCAAUACUGGCCGCAUCGUUUGGCCAAAAGGCUGGCCGCAAAGAUGCCAAGGACCACCCUUGCUAUGAGAUGCUGAUGGGCAUCUUCCCCAACAAUGAGGAAGAGGUACUGCGGGUAUUAACAAAAAACAGUGACAAGGAGGACGCCAACGAGCUGGUGAUUCAAGUCCUGGUGGAAAAAGAAAAGAGCGAAUAGGCUGAACCCCCGAGGGGUUUCUGCUUGGAACGUUUUUAAAAUCCUUCAAACUCUUGUACUGUGCAGAAAACCAGUUCAGAUUUACAUUCUCAGUAGUUAAUUUUUCAAGUACUAUAAAUUAGGAUCUACCUUACUGAAUCCUUCAAAAUCCUCGAAAUUUUAGAUAAGCGGUGCAUUUGCUGUUUUUUUGUACAUGUAACUAGCUGAGGGAGAGAUGUAUAAUAAACUCGGUGAAGGGAAACCAGGUGAAAUUUUUGUUUCUUUAAAAACCACAUGUACUAAAUUUGCUGGUAAAUGAGGCCAGCAUACUCUUCUCUGUUUGGAUUGUUAACAGAAUUUGGAAUCUGUUCUAUUAGUGUGCAACUUCUUUUUUUUUAAAAGAAGUGGAUUCAUUUGUAAUUAACUCACAUGUCGCUGCAUUUAUUAAACUUAAUUUGUGUGACUGAAUCUCACAAAGCCUUGAAGGCUGUAUUUCAGUAAUCGUGGCCAAGUUAGUAUUAGAAAGGGCAAGCCAAUUUUUAUGAUGUAUUACUCAGUUUGACAUCCCACUGAAAACAGAUAUCAUGCAGGUGACAGUCGUUCCAGGGUUGAGGCAGCUUUCCAUAUGUACGUGUUUUCGUGCGUUGCAUGCAUGACCUGUUCAUGCGUUUCACUUUCACAGACAUUAACCAUGUUAACAUAACACACAUGUGCGUUGCUUUCGGUCGUCAAAAUUGCUCUGGGAGCAAUUGUAACGGAUACACAGCGCUUGGCGCAAGUGUUGACGUGCAUAUGGAAAGGCGCCUUUACUGUCGAUUUAGGUUUAGAUAUUUUGAAAGGUGUUUAAGCCUGAAGUUGCCGUGGUGACAUAUUGACUUAAAGAGUUGGUCCUUGGAAAUUUUGUAUCCUUACCUCUGUUGUACUGCAUGUUCAUUUAGAAGUGUUAAAAAUGUUACCAAGAGUGCACUUUUGUAAUACAGAGAAUGAUUAAUGAUUCACUCCAUAAGAGCUGUUGGGGGCUCAGGGUCUGCUCACCUGUGACAUUUUCUCCAUCACAGUUUCCACUGAAAGUGAACAACAACAUGUAUCAACAAUAGUUGUCCAUAAUGAGAGCUGUUAUUGUUAUGGCUUUGUUUGUAUAUGCUUGUGAUACCCAGUACUCAAGUAAUUCCUUUGCCAGUUAUAAAAAUUGCCACAUUUAUCAAAAAUAUUGUCAUAUUCCCUGGAAGAUAUUAUAUCCUCUAUUAUGUUUAUCGUUUGAA